UUUCACAUCCCGAAUAUUCGCUACACUCAUACCCGCUUACUUACUUUCAGCACCAUAAAUCAGAAGCUGACUCACUAGUAAUCAAUCCAAACACCUACCCUACUACAAACAGACGCACCUCUUCUUCCCCUGUCACUGCACCUUUCAUAUUCUACAGUCAUAAUGCGCACCCAAACCACAUGGAUGGCGCUUUUCUGCGCGAUGCUCUUACUGAUGAAGCUAGCGCACGCGGAUAACUUUGCGCUGAACGUUGAUGCCUCCUCCCUCUCUGAUGAUGUGCCGAAAUCCGCAGCGCCAAAUAUGUUGGCAUCGGCACUGGGCACGGUUCUGGGUGACAACCCUGCUUGCACUGUCCCUAAUUGCAAUAAAUGCGACCCAACCGAUUCUAGCAAGUGUACGCGCUGCUCUGCAAGAUACAGUUUGAAAGAAGGCGUAUGUGUACAAUGUACUCUCAAAUAUUGCAGAACAUGCAGCACCGAUGCUAACAAAUGUAACAUCUGCAAUACCGGAUACGGUGUGAAAGAUGGCGCAUGUGUACCAUGUACUGACAAAAACUGUGACUUAUGCAGCACUGAUGCCACCAAGUGUACGAUCUGCUAUCGAGGAUACGGUGUGAAGGAUGGCGUAUGUGUAUCUUGUACUGAUGAAAACUGUAUAUUUUGCAGCACCGAUUCAACCAAAUGUUCUAUAUGCAAUAACAGAUACGCUGUGAAAGAAGGUGUAUGUGCACCAUGUACUGAUAAAAACUGUAACUUAUGCAGCACCGAUGCCAAGAAGUGUAAGAUCUGUAAUACCGGUUACGUUGUGAAAGAUGGCGUUUGUGUACCAUGUACUCACCAUAAUUGCAUAAAAUGCAGCACCGAUGCUAACAAGUGUACAAACUGCUCUGCAGGAUAUGGUAUGAAAGAUGGCGUAUGUGUAUCUUGUACUGACCUAAAUUGUGAUAUAUGUAACCCAACUGAUGCUACCAAAUGUUCAAGGUGCAAUACCGGAUACGGUAUGAAAGAUGACACAUGUGUACCAUGUACCGACCAUAAUUGCAUAAAAUGCAGCACCGAUGCUAACAAGUGUACAAACUGCAGUCUCGGGUUUACGCUGAGCACUCAAGGCAAAGCUUGCGUAAAAUCCCAAGGCGCCUCGCGAGUUUCGGGUCCCCUGUUUGUGGGAGUUCUAUCUGCGCUUGCUGUCUCAGUGCUGCUUUAA